UGGCUAGUUAGCUAAGUCUAUGGCUAAUUUGUGAAAUAAUGAAAAUAUUUCUAAUUCACGAUAGACGGCGAAACGCUUGACCAACCCAUCAAAUCGGUUGUCUCAAUUUAGGGGUUUAUAAUGUUUUCUAGCGGGAAAGUUUAGUACAUAUACACCUACAAAACCCAGAUAGCAUAAGAAAAGAAUGUAGCCACCUUUAGCUAGCCAUCCCUAAUAACAAUUUUAAAUGGAAUUAUCAGUACCCAAGCUCCAAAAUUGGGAUUUUGUUCAGUAUUUGCUAUAUCCGAGUCACACAUUUUUGAAUGUCAGAAGGCGACAGUGUUGGGGAGUCAAUCCAUGGGAAACCAUCUGUAGUUGCUGCCUUCUUUACGCGAGUUGGACAGGUUUAUCAGUCAUGGCUUGACAAGUCAACGCCAUUCUAUGCAGUGCGGUGGGCACUCACUCUACUUCUGACUGCUGUCUACAUGAUCAGAGUGUACAUACUGCAGGGUUGGUAUAUAGUCACAUACGCUUUGGGAAUUUACCAUCUCAACUUGUUCAUUGCAUUUCUAUCGCCAAAAGUGGAUCCUUCUCUGCUCGAAGAAGAUGACGGCCCAUCCCUUCCUACCAAGCAGAAUGAAGAGUUCCGCCCUUUCAUCCGGAGGUUGCCUGAAUUCAAAUUCUGGCACUCCGCAACAAAAGGUAUCGUCAUCGCCAUGAUUUGCACAUUUUUUGAUGCCUUCAACGUGCCAGUGUUCUGGCCCAUCCUUGUAAUGUACUUCAUCAUGCUCUUCUGCAUCACCAUGAAGAGGCAAAUUAAGCAUAUGAUCAAGUACAGAUACCUUCCAUUCACGCACGGGAAGCGGACAUAUAGAGGCAAGGACGACACAGGGAAACCUUUUGCUAGUUAAAACCCUAGUUUGUUCUUCCUAUCUGUUUAUUUUGAAAAAUCAUCAGUCACAGCUAAUGGGGAGUGGUUCAGAGAUUUGAUUUUGUUCUUAUGUAAGGUGGACAGUAACACCAAAAGGUAACAUGUAAAUCCAAGUUUUGAUCCAAAGUGUUGAUUGGGGUUAUGAGCAGCAUGGAUCAAAAUUGGGAACACCGCCUUGCCGAUUGAAAUUUAUUAUUAUUUUUUAUCAAUAUUAUUAUUAUUAUUCCUUUGUUAAUAUUCCAUUCACUCAGCAGUAGGUGAGACUGCGCUGCUUUUUGCCUUUUUAGCCCCAUUAGUUAAAAGAGGUCAUGGAGAAAGAGCUGAUCGAGGGGUAAAAAAAGUUGCUGUAAAAUUUGUAAUUUCUUGUUUCUUACAUUGAUUGUGAUUUCAGUCCGUCUGCCCAGUCCGCUAACUUCUGGUUAUUAUCAUACUUUCGUUACUUGUCGCAUUAAGCAGUAUAUCGAAGUAUAGGUUCAACAAAAAAACUGUUAAAUAUAAGGUGGAAUUGAAUUAAAACUCAUAACAUUGAAUUGUGUCAUUAAAAUAUGUUGAAAAUAAGACUUUUAAAUGUCUUAAUCAUUUCCUUUUUGUGCUUAUUGAGGAAAAAAAUAUUGAGAGAAAACUGGAGACAUUACCCAAACAUUUGUUAAAAAGUCCAACCCUCCCUCAUAAAAAGAUUCACUUAAUAAAUCAAAACUUAAUCAUCAUCAUUAUGUGAUGUUUCUGAAAUUAGUUCUUUCUACUUUGUGCCAUUAAUGAUUUGUUGGCAACUCUUUAAAGAAAUUUCUCUAAAAUAUUCUCUGAUGUGUUUUAUUUAGCUCUAAUCAGUUAGUCAAAUAAUCAGAAAUAUUGGAAAUCAGUAUUCCUGUCAAUUCAGAAUAUGGUCAGGCUGAGGUCACACUCAGCACAAAUGUUUUUUCUUGCCCAGGACACAUACUAAUUUGUGUUUCAAAGAACUGUUUGGCAUGUUUAGACCAGCUCCUGUUCUUCAUCAAUAUCUGUGUUUACUUAGAAAGAUUAAAAAGGUGAAUAUAUGGUCAUUCCAAGCAAACUGUUGUUCUCUUUUUGUUUUUUGCAGAGGAAACGUAAGAGAACAGAGGUUGAGAUCUUUUAAUGUAUCAAAUGGAUGAAGUUGGUGGUGAUCACAUUCAUUUCCAUGAACCUUUGUGAUUUAUUAUUUUUUUCUGUUCUUACCAUAAUGCUGGGCAUCUGUCUUUGCUAAACUUUAAUCAAUAUUGUAGAAAGGAUUUAAAACAUUUUCAUGUAAAAAGUUUGUGUUUCAGAGGACCGUAUGGAUUUGUGUAUAUACAGCACAGAUAUUUUGAAACAUAAUUUGUUGAAAGUUUAAUUUAAUCGCCUUUUCAACCGCCAUGAUAUGUCCAAGUGUUAAACUCUAUUUCAGCUGAAAUUGAUGGAACUGGUAAAUUGGACUAUCUAGAUAUUAAAGUUAAUGUUUUUCAUGGACUGCAUGUUAUUUUCUUGUGCUACAGCUGAAAAAAAAACUUGAUUUUAAUAACUUAUGUGUAUUUUUUUCCACAUAAAAUUAUAUUAAAAUGCUGUGUCCCUUCAAACAGUA